AUGCCAGCACCAGACCUAUCCCACCUCUCCCCCACCUUCCUGCUCCCCACGCGCCUCACCCCCGCCGCCCACGCCGCCCUCCUCGCCCAGCUCGCAGCCCACAAUGUCCCGCUCACGCCUACGCCCUCCACGGCAUCGCUCUUCCUGGCAGACAUCAACACACCCACACGCUGCCGCUUUGAGCUGCGUACCCGCGGCAUCAUGACGGAGCCGGAGCCGCUGCUGACGGCCCCGCUGAGGGUCGUGAAGGUGGCGUGGUUCACGGAGUGUGUCAAGGCGGGGAGGGUCCUCCCCAUAGAGCCGUGGACGGUGUAUACGGCGACGGUGUGUGCGGUGGUGGUGACGCCGGGGCCGUCGCCGGAGAGGGUGAGGGUGAAGGAGACAGUGAGGGAGAAGGAGAGGAAGAGGGAGAGGGAGAGGGAGAAGGUGCAGGCGGAGGAGGAGCAGAGGAGGGGCGUCAUGGAGAGGGCGCGGAGGGACGGAGUGAGAAAUGCAGAGGAGGAUUCGAGGUGGCGGAGUGAGAGGAGUGAGUAUAAGCGCAGUGUGUAUGGCACCAGGGUGACGGACGAGAUCAUAAAGCUGUCCAAGAGCGCGGGAAGAGGUGCGAGGCCGAGUACGCCCGAGUAUGAGGAGGAGCGCAUCAAGGCGAGAGGUAUCGACGAGAUGCCGGAGUGGGUGAGAAGGAAUGUCAAGCUCUCAUGCUGCCGCUCAACGCCCGCGGACUCGCCGAAUGCAGACUUCAUAGCCCACCUCCACACAAUCCGCGACCACCGCACCCUCACCUCGGAUGAGGUCGGCAUCCGCGCCUACUCCACCGCCAUCGCCACCCUCCAGGCCUACCCCUACCCGCUCAUCUCCAGCAGCGAGAUCGUCCUCCUCCCCGGCUGUAACGUAAAGAUAGCGGCCCUAUUCCACUCGUGGCUGAGCUCGCACACGGACCCGAAGCUCCGCACGGUCCCGGACGUGGAGAAGCUGAAGCUGAAUGAGAACCUGGUGGGGCUGGCAAUGUUGCAUAGGAUUUGGGGCGUGGGCCCGGAGACGGCGAGGGAGUGGUGGUUUGUGAGGGGGUGGAGGAACGUGGAUGAUGUGGUUGAGUAUGGGUGGAAGGGACUCACCAGGGUGCAGCAGAUUGGAGUCAAGUAUUAUGAUGACUUUCAGAAGCCGAUGAUGCGAUGGGAGGCGGAGAGAAUUAGAGACAUCAUAACCCACCACGCCACCCUCCUCCUCCCCGGCACAACAACCAUCCUCGCCGGCUCCUACCGCCGCGGCAGCACAUCCCUCACCGACGCCGACCUCCUCAUCUCGCACCCCGACCCGACCCAGCUCGCACCCUCCUUCCUUGAGCGCCUCGUCGCCUCCCUCGAGACCGAGGGCUGCAUAAACUACACGCUCCGCCUCGACCGCACCGCGCCUCCGGGCCGCACCCUCCAGACCGCAAUGCUGGUCUGGCAGGAGCAGCAGUACGACGAUGUACGACUGAGGACGCUGCGGCUGCCGGGGAGGAACGCGAAUGUGAGGCGGAGGGUGGAUCUGGUGGUGACGAGGCCUGAGACGGCCGGGAUGGCGCUGAUGAGGUGGACCGGGGGAGGGACGGGUGAGGGAUUUGAAGACGUGGUGUGCGGAGAGGGGGUGGAGGGUUGGGGCGGAGGGCGUGUGGGAGAGGGAUGGGGAGAGGGUGGGUGGGAUUGA